AUGGGGUAUGUCAUAUUGACGUUGUUGUCACUGGUGUUAGCGUGUUGGCUGGCGAAGUUCAUCAGCAGAGCGAUGCUACCACCUCUUCCAGUACUGGAGCAUUACAAACUGAACAGAAACUUGAAGAGCUACCUUGAAAACAUCGAAGUUGUCAUUGAGCCUUCAUCCACAGUGUGUUUAGACGAUAAAGAUAUCCCAUUGUUAGUAUUAGUGACGUCAUCACCAACUCGUUUCGAACAGCGAGAGGCGAUUAGAAGUACUUGGGGCAAAUAUGUCCCAACUUACUUCAUAUUGGGUCUCACUGGCCCCAUUGAAGAUUUGAUGAAGAACAACUACGUAGAAGCAAAGAAGUACAGCGAUAUCAUCAUAUACAAUUUCCAAGAUCAUUACCAGAACUUGACCCUGAAGACAGCUCUCAUGCUGAAGUGGACCACGGAGAACUGCUCCCCAAAUAUGAUGAUGUUAAAGACUGAUGAUGAUGUCAUAGUUAACCCGUGGAUGAUGAAACGGGUUCUGCAGGAAAAUUCAGGAAAAGAUCUCGUAGGAUAUAGGAUGAUCAAUAACUACGUUCACCGCUAUCAGUAUAGCAAGUAUUACAUACCGCGUUGGCUGUUGAAAGAAGAUGUUAUCCCGGAAUACUUGUCUGGUACUGGAUACUUAAUCAACGGUAGACAUAUAGAAAAAAUCCUGAAAACCGCAUACAAAGUUCCCAUGAUAAAUUUAGAAGAUGUUUACUUUACGUAUUUAGUGAGUCGACUUAAGUUAGGUCUCACACUGACUCAUGAUUAUAGACUAAGUCCCUAUAAGCCCUGGAUAGGUAAAGACUGUAUGUAUUCAGGUCUAGCUUUAGCCCAUAGUCUAACUCCUCGUGAGAUCCUGAAAGCAUGGUCUGCUGUCGAAGCUAUAGCUGAUACGAAACGUUGUGAAAGUUUUAUGAAUACUUUCUGGAGUGCAAAGUUUUUGUAUUGA